AUGACAACCUCAGCCCUGCGCCGGCAGGUGAAGAAUAUUGUGCACAACUAUUCAGAAGCGGAGAUCAAGGUUCGCGAGGCCACCUCCAACGAUCCAUGGGGCCCGUCCUCGUCUCUCAUGUCAGAGAUUGCUGACUUGACCUUCAAUGUGGUGGCGUUUGCUGAGGUCAUGGGCAUGGUGUGGAAACGCCUCAACGACAGCGGCAAGAACUGGAGACACGUCUACAAGGCCCUGACUCUGUUGGAUUACCUGCUGAAGACAGGAUCAGAGAGAGUGGCCCAACAAUGCCGUGAGAACGCCUUCACUAUUCAGACGCUGCGUGACUUCCAGUACGUGGACCGCGACGGCAGAGAUCAGGGGGCCAACGUGAGAGAAAAAGCACGCCAACUGGUGUGUCUCCUCCGGGACGAGGAGCGCCUCCGCCAGGAGAGGAGUCAAGCCCUAAAGACCAAGGAGCGAAUGGCUGGGGGAGGCAGUGGAGGAGGCGGAGCCGGGGGUGGGAUUGUGUAUGGAGGUAUCCCUCCAUCUUACCAUCCAGGCAGGCGCACAAGCCAGCCUAGUAUGGCUGUGCUGUACGGGGAGGAGUUCAGCCGCUCCAGAGGCUCUCCAUCCUCCUUUAACUCCUCGUCCUCGUCACCUCGCGCCGCUUCAGACCUGGAGCAGGCUCGACCACAGACCAGCGGCGAGGAGGAGCUGCAGCUCCAGCUGGCUUUAGCCAUGAGCAGGGAGGAGAGUCAGAAGGAGCAGUGCUGUCGCCAAGGAGACGAGUCUCUGUUACAGAAGGCCCUGGAUGAGAGCAGGAGAGAGAGUCAGUCAGGGACAGAGGAGUCGGCCAUGCUGGACCUGGUGGACAUUUUUGGCCCCUCAUCUGGGGCCCCACGUCAGUCAAGUGACCCAUGGAACUCUGCACCACCUGCCGAUGACAUCAUCUCUGACCCCUGGGACUCUGUAGCGUGCCACUCCAGCACUCCUGUGAUUGGUAGCCCUUGGACGGCCCGUCCCUCAUCCUCCAAUGCGUCCAAUCCCUGGGCACCAUGUGCUGACUCACGCACAGAUCCCUGGGAAGCAGCACCUGUCUCCUCCAGUCCUGUCAAUCAUGCGUGGAACAGCCCAACAGACGGAGGUGGUGAUGGGACAGAUCCGUUUGCUGAUCGGGAAGAGGAGAAUCCUAAACAGGAGAUUCCUCAAGUGUCCUCCCCACAACCUGCUAGUCCCACUGAUGCAGAAUUGUUUGGAGUAAAGGCAGAUUCUGACCCAUUUGCUGGAGCAGAUUCCAGCCCAGAUCCAUUUGGGACUGACCCUCCGGUGAAACCCCUGGUAAAUGGACGAGAGUCAUCCAGCCCUGAGAUGUUUGACCUGUCCCGGCUAGCACCCCCGCUCAGCGACCCGCCGACGCACGUGUGUCGAACCCCAGAGGCCUUCCUGGGACCUACGGGGGCCUCGUUGGUCAAUUUAGACGCUCUGAUAACCUCCAACCCCCACAGCAAGAUGCACAACAACCCCUUCCUCGCAGGUCUGAGUGCUCCGUCUCCUACCAACCCCUUCCAUUGCGAUCAGCCUCGCCUCACCCUCAACCAAAUGCGACCGUCCUCUACAUCCCCACUGCCCCCCCACAUGCUCUCUUACAGCCCAUCGCUGCCUCUCCCUCUGUCCCACCAUCCACCCAUCCUCCCCUCCUCUCUCACACAACCUCCCGCCGGACUCCUGGACCUUCCCUCCAACCUCCCACAGCCCCUGCUCCCCCUUUCUCCUCGUCUGGCGCAGCGCUCCCAGUCACAGACACACAGCCACAACCCUUUCCUCUGA